UUGUGAUGUGGACAAAAUGAUCGGGGAUUUGUUGUUGUUCGGGACUUUGUUGGCGAAUGCCGGAGCCGUGCUCAAUUUUAAACUAAAGAGGAAGGAGUCACAAGGAUUUGGAGAUGAGUCUGGUGCACCAACUACAGGUGACAACAUCCGGGAGUUCCUGCUCAGCCUCCGCUACUUCCGCAUCUUCAUUGCGCUGUGGAACAUCUUCAUGAUGUUUUGUAUGAUUGUAUUAUUUGGAUCCUGAAUUGGAUUUGCGAUCAUAACGUGGUCUCUCCCUGUACACGUGCAGUCGCUCGCAGCCCCUCUAAAAACAGCUGUACAGAAACGAUAACCCUCUGUAUUUAUUGUAACCCACCAUUAUCAACUCCUUGCAGUUAGCUUUUCCCUGUAACAUCUGCCUUUGUGUAAUUUGGACCAAUGUGGGGUGGAUCAUGGGUGAUUUUUUAAAAAUAAAAUUAAACUUACAUUCUGUCAAG